UAAGGGAAGAAAAACUAAACAAAUGUGUUUGGUAGUGUAAUGCAAUCAUUAGCAGAAUAGUUAAAGAAGAAGAUGAAGUCUAUGGAGUCUUAGGCCAUCCAAUUCCAAAACCAACCACUGUCACUACAACAACAACAACAACAAGAAGAUGAAGAAGAGGAAGCAAUAAGAAGAAUCACUGUAAUGGACCGAUGGUUUCAUUUUAAAGAAAAAGCAAAUAGGAACCGCCAAAUCAAAGUGAGUGAGUGAGUGAAGAGCUGCAGAAACCUCCAGAUUUGGCACCGAAAAGUUCAAUCCAUCGCUUUCAUUUCUUCCAAUUUCACAACCCUUUUCUUUUUCUUCAACAACCUUUCUCCCUCUUUUACUGUUCCUCAAAACCUCUCUUCUAAUCCAAGUUUCACUAACUUAAGUGUUCUUCAUAUUGCAAAACUUCCCUUCUUUUUUCUCUGGUUUGCUAGUUCUUUUUUUUUCUUUUUUUUUCUUUUUUUUUUUCUUUUUUUGCGAGUAAUGAGGUCUUCCCUGUUCUGGGUUUCAUCUCAUUUACUUCUAAUCUACUGAUUCUAUCUCUGUAUUGAACUUGAACCGACUUCUUCAAUUAGUAGAUUAGAAUUUUAGUAGGAUGCUGAGUUAUUGUCCUGAUAAGAACAACAUCCCAUACUUCAUCGAUUUCUUUAGGCUGUUUCACUCUUCUUCUUCAGUUUGUUUUGUGGGUUUUUCGUUUCUUUGGGCAAUGCCGGUUGAUUGAGCUAUCUGGGUUUUAUUCUUCUUUGGGAAAACUGAGAGAGAAUGGGAUAUUUUGCUUCUGUCCAGAUUUUCUGUCUGAUCUCUGCAGUUCUUAUUGUGACCAGUGAUUCCUUUGCGUUGAAUGAAGCAUCGGCUCUUAAAUCCUUCAAAGAUCAAAUAUCUGAAGACCCAACUCGAGUUUUUUCAAAUUGGGAUUUACAAGUUGAAAAAAAUCCCUGUAACUGGUCUGGAAUCGCCUGUUCUCCAGAUGGAGGCCAUGUUAUAAAGCUAGACAUUUCUAGAGCAUCACUGAAAGGAUUUCUAGCACCAAGCUUGGGUCAACUCAGCUUCUUGCAAGAACUGUAUCUUCAUGACAACAAUCUGCUUGGAACAAUACCCAAGGAGCUGGGAUUAUUGAAGAAACUUAAGGUCCUUGAUUUGGGAGCAAAUCGACUCUCUGGCUCGAUCCCCUCAGAAAUUGGGGGUUUAACAGAUAUUCUGAAAAUCAACUUUGGAUCAAACGGAUUGACCGGGAGGCUACCCCCUGAGCUGGGAAAUUUGAGAUACCUCAGAGAACUUAGGGUUGAUAGGAAUAAACUUCAAGGAUUUAUUCCAGAUGGUGACACUUCAAAGUAUACAUCCAAUAUGCAUAGAAGGUAUGCUCCAAAUGCACCUGGAUUUUGUCACUUAACUGAGCUCAAGGUUGCAGAUUUUUCAUACAAUUUCUUUGUUGGGAAAAUACCCAAGUGCUUAGAGGGCCAUCUCCCAAAGUCAAGUUUUCAAGGGAACUGUCUUCAAUACAAUGAUCCUAAACAGCGUACUGCUGCUCAAUGUGGUGCUGGUGCUUCUCCUGCUCAAUCACAUCCAGGAGGCAGCUCGAAGCAUGUACCAGUCGAACAUGCUUCGAAACACCAAAGAGCUUCAAAACCUGCCUGGCUUCUAACCCUUGAAAUUAUCACUGGAAUCACAACGGGUUCUUUAUUUCUAGUUGCUGUGAUCACUUCUCUUCGGAGAUGCAAUGGCAAAUCCUCAAUCAUCAUCCCGUGGAAGAAAUCCUCAAGUGGGAAGGACCAUGUUACUCUUCACAUCGACACCGAGAUGUUGAAAGAUGUGCCAAGCAUCAGCAGGCAAGAGCUUGAAGUAGCCUGUGAAGAUUUCAGUAAUAUUAUUGGCUCCUCACCGGACAGUAUAGUGUACAAGGGCACCAUGAAAGGUGGACCUGAGAUUGCUGUUAUCUCAAUAUGCAUUAAAGAAGAAAACUGGACAGACUAUCUCGAGCUUUAUUUUCAGCGAGAGGUGGCAGAUCUAGCAAGACUAAAUCAUGAGAAUGUAGGAAAGUUGCUAGGCUAUUGUAAAGAAAGCAGUCCAUUUACUAGGAUGCUGGUUUUUGAAUAUGCAUCAAAUGGCACGUUAUACGAGCACCUUCAUUAUGGAGAAGGUUGUUUAUCCUGGACACGUCGCAUGAAUAUAAUUUUGGGCAUGGCCCGCGGACUUAAGUAUCUUCAUAGUGAACUUCAACCACCAUUUACUAUAUCAGAGUUGAAUUCCGGUGCUGUAUAUCUUACAGAUGACUUCUCACCCAAGUUGGUUGACUUUGAAAGCUGGAAGACCAUUCUUUCAAGGUCAGAAAAGAACUCAGGCUCCAUUGGAAACCAAGUCACUCAAUGUAUUCUUCCAAAUUCGCUUGAACCACGUCAUCUCGACAUAGAAAGUAACAUCUACGCAUUUGGUGUUCUUUUACUGGAAGUAGUCAGUGGGAGACCUCCAUACUGUAAGGACAAAGAAUGCUUAGUAGACUGGGCCAAGGAAUACCUCGAAUCGCCUGAUGGGAUGUCCUGCUUGGUAGACCCAGAAGUGAAGCAUUUUGCAGAUGAAGAUCUGAGGACGAUAUGUGAGGUUGUAAAUCUUUGCAUACAUCCACAGCCAGCCAAGCUGAUUUGUAUGCAGGACUUAUGCAGCAUGUUAGAGACCAGAAUUGAUACCUCAGUCUCUGUUGAGUUGAAGGCGUCUUCUCUUGCUUGGGCGGAACUUGCACUUUCUUCAUAGAUGAGGUUUGAGCUAACACAUAGAUGAUCAGAUAUAUAAAUAUAGAUAUAUAGAUAUAUAUAUAUAUACAAAAAUGUAAUACUACUUUUUGUGGUUUGAGUUUAUUUCUUUGUUCUUGUAUAUGCUGUGACUAUGAGCGCCAGAGCAGAUGAAGUUCUUGCAUAAAUGCAUUAAAUGCUAUAGGGAGGAUGCCCUUAAUGUUGAAAUAGUUAAAUGAAAGCAUUUAAGGAGGUUUCCUCUCUUUGUUGCUUGCCAUAAUCAAUACAAAUGAAUAUGUUCAUCUCUGUCUAAAAGUAAAAA